GUAUUUUUUGUUAGCUCGUACCAAUCCGGAUCCAAAAGCUCCUGCAGGCAAAGCCUUUACUGGAUUUAUUGUGGAAGCAAAUAGCCCUGGAAUCCAAAUUGGAAGGAAGGAAAUGAAUAUGGGUCAACGUUGCUCUGAUACAAGAGGUAUUGUCUUUGAAGAUGUCAGAGUUCCAAAAGAAAAUGUCUUAAUAGCUGAAGGAGCUGGUUUUAAAAUCGCAAUGGGAGCGUUUGAUAAGACUAGACCACCUGUGGCUGCUGGUGCUGUUGGAUUAGCAAAAAGAGCACUUGAUGAA